AUGGCUGAGAAAUUGAGCCCCUGGCCAUCCGCCCGUCACAGUCUUGUCGUUCAUCAUGUCGAUCGAAUUGCCAAAGACCACCCCGACACUCCGUACGCCGAGUAUUCGCGCUCGCCCACAACAUUUGCUGAGGGCUUUCGCACCGUAACAUACCGCGAACUUGGGAGCGCAGUCAACGGCUUCGCCUGGUGGAUAGAGGACCGUCUAGGCAAAGGCGAAGCCUUCCCUACAUUGGUCUAUCUUGGUCCCCACGAUCUGCGCUUCAUCAUUUUCCUUCUGGGGGCGGUCAAGGCGGGCUAUAAAAUGCUCUUCCCGGCACCACGUUACAGUGCAGAGGCUAUCUCGGCCCUGAUAGUCCAGCUCGAGGGCAAAAUCAUGCUCACACCAGCUAGCCAUCCGCCGAUCACAAAUAUGAUUCUUGCCAAACACGAAAUGGAAGUCUACCAAGUCCCAGAGCUGGAUGAGCUCCUGGACCAGGUCCAUCCGCAUUACCCCUACGACAAGACAUUUGAAGAAGCACGCGCCGAGCCGCUCGUGGCUGUGCAUACCUCAGGCACAACUGGAUUUCCCAAAUCGGUCAUUUGGACCCAUGAGUGGGCUGAUAGCUUUGGCGCAGAACGCUAUCUAGAGCCGCCAGCCAACUUUGUAUCCAUGGACGGAUACAUUCUGGGAACACGUGUGUUCAGUCUUAUGCCUGCCUUCCAUGCGUCACAUUUGUUCGCCAGCAUCUUCUUCUCCAUUUAUCGGGGUUCGGUGCUACUCUACCCCCUGUCCGGCAUGCCACCCUCUGCGGCAAUGGUUGCGGAUGCACUACGUUACACAAAGGCGGACGUUGUCGCACUACCUCCCCCUUUCUUGGAAGAGAUGGCCGCCAAUCCAGAGACGCUCCAGCGUAUCUCUGACCAAGUCGAGACUGUCAUGUGGGCCGGUGGCGAUGUGUCUGUUGCUGCCGGAGACGCCGUCAGCGCCAGGAUGAAGCUCUUCACUGCCUGCGGUUCCACCGAGUGCGGACUGUGGCCCAUACUCGGGCCCGCCGUUUGGAAUGCGGAUCAAUGGCACUACAUGAGAUUCCAUCCAGCGAUGAACAUGCGCCUUGAUCUUUCUUCGGAGGCCGAAGGCAUCUACGAGGCCAUCAUCCAGCGCAACGACAGUACCAACGACUCCUACGUGCAACCCAUCUUCAAGCUCUUCCCCGAACUCGAGGAGUACCGAACAGGUGAUCUUUUCCUUCGCCACUCUUCGGAGCUGGGUCUUUGGCGGUACUACGGCCGGGCCGAUGAUCUGCAAACAUUCUCGUCUGGGGAGAAGUUCCAUCCCAUGGCUCUGGAGCAGCGCUUGACUCAGUACCCGGAUGUGCACGAGGCUAUGCUGGUAGGGACAGGGUUCCCACGAGCUGCGUUACUCCUUCGUCUGAAAGAAAGCGGCGCAAGUGAUGGUCUUGAGAGCGUUUGGCCGCUCAUCGAAGAGUCGAACAAGACGUGUCCGACAUAUGCCAGGGUCUCGAGGCAGCUGGUGUAUUUGGUCGACCCGGACAAGCCAUUUCCAAGGACUGUCAAGGGGACCGUGCAACGAAAGGUCACUGUCGAGCUGUAUCUGGGAGAGCUGCAGCGAUUGUUCAAACAGGCAACUGUUGAGGAAUCGCCCGCACCGCUCUCGGCAUUCACAUUGCUUACAGACAACGCCAAUUGGUGA